AUGUGGUGGAGGCUGGCUCAGCUCUGUGCCUUGAUCCUGUCUGUGUGCCCACUGACUUUAACACCAACCCAGGCCACGGCGUGCAGGGAGCUCCAGGCAUUGCCUUCCCACAGAAGAAGCAGCAGAGAUGUUAAUUCUCCAUCUCCUGUUGACUGUCAGCUGAGCCAGUGGUCAGGAUGGACUGAUUGCUUCCCUUGCCAAGAGAAAAAACACCGGUACCGGCGGCUGCUGCAGCCAGCAGAGUUUGGAGGGCGACGAUGUGCCGGGCACCUCUGGGAUGAGCAAGCCUGUCAAGCUGAGAUGAUGUGCACAGGGCCACCAGGGUGUGGGCAGGACUUCCAGUGUGUGGGAACAGGGCGCUGCAUUAAACGGCAUCUUGUGUGCAAUGGAGACAGAGACUGCAGAGAUGGGUCUGAUGAGGAUAACUGCGAGGAUGAAGAUAUUGAAAGCCCUUGUGAACAUCUGUUCCCAAUCCCAGGGGUGGAAAAAAUAGUCCAAGGAUACAACAUCCUGACAGAGGAAGGGAGACAGAACAUUUACGACCCUGGGUUUUUUGGGGGGCUCUGUGAGUACGUGUACAAUGGGGAGUGGAGGGAGCUGCAAUACGACGCCGCGUGCGAGCGCCUGCACUACGGAGACGAGGAGAAAUACUUCCGCAAGCCUUACAACUUCCACCUGUACCAGUUCCUGGCUCAUGCUGAUUCUGGAUUUUCUUUUGAGUUUUAUGAUAAUUCAAAGGACCUGCUUGACGCCCUUAAAAGUGAUAAAUCCAAAACAACGGGCUUCACCAUUGGAAUAGGGCCUGGAGGUGGAGAUCUCAUGCUAAACCUGGGCCUCACUUUAUCAGGUGGCAAAGGAUCCCUGAAGAAUUUCACACAAUACGAUGCAAAGGAUGUUGGAUUCAUUAGGGCUGUGACCAAAGUGCAGACAGCCCGCUUCAAGAUGAGAAGGGACAACAUUGUUUUGGAUGAAGAUGUGCUGCUCUCCCUGCAGGACCUCCCAGACACCUACAACUAUGGCAUGUAUGCCAAAUUCAUCAACGACUAUGGCACCCACUUCAUGACAUCUGGCACCAUGGGGGGUGUCUUUGAGUACAUCCUUGUCGUCAAUAAGGAGGAAAUGCGAAGAAAAGCCAUCAGCAGCGAGGACAUAAGUGCCUGUGUUGGCCUGUCCCUUGGCAUUACAGUCAGCAAGGAGAAACUGGAUCUGGGUGCAACUCUGACACACUCUGACUGCAAAAAUAAAGCAUUCCUGAAAACUGUCAACUUUGCAGAUCUUGAGAGCCACAGUGCAGUUGUGGAAGAUAUUAUUCCUCGGAUUAGAGGGGGAGAUACCACUUCCAGUGGAGGGCUCCUGAACAGUUGGGAUGGCAAAAUGUAUCGUCACUGGGGCAGGUCAUUAAAAUAUAAUCCUGCUGUUAUUGAUUUCCAGCUGCAGCCCAUCCACGAAAUCCUCCGCAGGAGCAACCUGGGCCCCAUGGAGAGCAAGAGGCAGCACCUGAAGAGGGCUCUGGAUGAGUUCCUGCUGGAAUUCAGCCCCUGCCGCUGUGGGCAGUGCCAGAACAACGGGAAGCCUGUCCUGCUGGGUGACACCUGCUCCUGCCACUGCCACCCUGGAUACAGGGGCCCUGCCUGCGAGCACGGAAAGCCCUCAGGUGGUGAGGUGGAUGGGAGCUGGAGCUGCUGGUCGGGCUGGUCCCCGUGCCAGGCUGGGACGUCGCGGCGCAGCCGGCACUGCUCCAACCCUGCCCCACGGCACGGUGGGCAGCCCUGUGCUGGGAGAAACCUCCAGAGCAGAGCCUGCUGAAAGCCCAAGGUGCCUGCGAUGGGUGCUUGGAACCUGGCCCGAGCUCUGAAUACUCCAGGCGUGCCAUGGAAUUACCCCUGGGAGAAAGAAUCGACCGGCAACGCGUGUUCACGUGUGCCGCACUCGCUGUGCAAAACCUGAACAGCUGCUCCCAAAACUCAGCGAGAUUCCUGGCGUGGGGGGAACAGGAAAGAAGUUGGCAAACGCUUGGGGAAAAAAAAAUUAAAUAAAUCUGGGAGAAAUUCAAAUCUAAAUGGUCAAAAAAAAAACCCCAAAAAACCCCCAAAAAAAUCAUGCUACAAAUGGCUUUGGGAGCCCUAAAAUCUGCACUAAACCACUCAAAUAUGGCCCCAAACCUGGCGAGAUUCCUGGGGGAGGAAGACCUGGAAAAAGGCUGGGGAAAAGAAUUUCGGGGGAGAUCCGACUUAAAAUGGCCCCAAAUCUGCCCUAAAAAUCGCAAUAAAAAUGGCCAAAAAAAGUCCUAAAAUCUGCACUAAAAAAAAAAAACACAACAAAAAACGGUCUCAAAACCCAGCAGAAUUCCAGGGAUUUCUAAGUUAAAAAACAAACAAACAAACAAAAAAAAAAAAAACAGGAAAAAAGCUGGGGAAAAAAUCUGAAGAAAAUCACAUUUAAUGGCCACCCCACCCCCACCCCCCCGAAUAAUAGUAAAAAUGGCCAUAAAAAUCUGCACUAAAACACCCAAAAUCGACCACAAUUCCAAGGAUUUCGGGGAAAAAUCUUGGGAAACAACUCCUUAAAAUUCCACACUAAAAUAUCAGAAAAAAAAAAAAAUCCCCCCAAAAAAGUCCUAAAAUCUGUCGCUGGACACGUGGUGGUUUUGCCCCACCAGAUGUGAUGGGAGCCCCAGCACCACUGCUGCAGCACAGGAGAUGGCAGAGAAUCCACCCAAAGGUGGUGGAGCUGCUGGGUGACCACUGGGCUGCAGAGUGCCAUGAAAUAAA